GUAGCGUCACCAACCGGCGCUUGACAAUUGGGCACCGUGAUGUCUUUAGGACAAUUAAUGAGGCUGGUGCCGAAUUGUGAUUAGGCGAAGCCAGGUUGACGACACCCAUUAUUUGCAGCUUAAUGAAAAGUGCACAAGGACUGCUUCAUACCCUAUAGCAGCAGCAUGUGGCAUCACGAAGCAUCAUCGAUCGGCACUUUGACACCGAAUAUGUUCCCCCUCAUAUGGCCCUCACUCUCAUAACAUUGUUCCCAUGCGGUUGACUAGCUUUUGUGCUACCUCACCUGGAUUGAGCACUGCGUUCGUGUAACAGGUGAGGUUAGAGAAAGGUAGAGCUGGUGGAACGUGGGUAAACUUUCAAAGGUGGGAGGAAGAAGAGGAACGCAUCUGUUUGUUUUUUGGGUAUUUAGGGUAAGAAAAGAAAGAGGAAAAGAGGGAGUUGAGGGGACGAGGAGAGAUUGCAGGUUGGAGGGAAUGGAGGGGAUGGGUCGUAGAAGGUGUGGGUGGUGGCGUCAAGUGCUUUUGAUAGUUGGGAUGUGGCUGGUACUGGCGAGGAGGGCGCAGGGGAUUCGUUUUGUGAUCGAUAAGAAAGAAUGCUUUCAGCACGAAGUGCCCUUCGAUGGAGAUCAUGUUCGCGUUUCUUACGUAGUUAUCAAGUCUGAGAGUUCAUGGAGCUUCGAGCACACCCCGGUUGGAUUGGAUCUGAUUGUUGAAGGGCCUGCAGGUCACCAGGUGCACAGCUCGAAAGCUCUAGUGGAAGACAAAUUCGACUUCACAGCAGCGCGCAAAGGACUGUAUAAAUUUUGCUUCUUCAACCGGAAUUCGAUGCAUGAAACCGUUGAUUUCGAUGUUCAUGUUGGCUACCACAUUUUAAAUGCAGACGAAGAACAUGUGAAGGAUGAGCAUAUUGAGCCAUUGAUGAUGCAAAUUGAGAGCCUAGAGGAAUCGCUGUACUCGAUCCAGUUUGAGCAACACUGGCUCCUCGCACAAACUGACCAGCAAGAGAUUGUUAACAAAGCAAUGAGCAGGCGAGUUGUCUACAAGGCGAUGCUCGAGGCACUAGCUUUAAUGGGAUGCAGUGUGCUUCAAGUUGUGUUGCUACGGCGGCUUUUCGAGAAAAAGCUUGGGCAGUCACGAGUUUAAAUAUAGAUUCAGCUUCCUGCUGUACAUCAAACAUUUUAGUAAAUCAUUUCCUUGUUUCAUUUCUCAUUUUACAAUUUCCCUGUGAAGCAGAACCCAUAGAGUACAAUCAGAUGAGAUGUCACAAGGGAUGUUCAUCUUUCCAUGUCUACCAGCAUGGACAAUCAAUCUGUCUUGAGUUUGUGAGAUCAUCCUGUGACAGAACUGGUUUCCAAUUUUUUGUUAAAAUAUCGAAACUUCGGACAGCUUGAGGUCUGUUGAUACGUUCAUUCGAAAUUUUUUUUCUGUUUCCUCUCAGAACAUAUGUAUAUAUAUAUACACCUACUUUUAUGCUCCA